ACCAAACACUUCAGGACUCCGAUACCGACCCCACCGGCGUGGUCGACGACUUCCCUCAAACAGCGCUUAUCGCUAUCGACCUACUAGGGUCGAUUAUUUUCUUUCAAAUAUUUUUCCUCUCAGAUGACGCCCUGAGCCGAGUGUCAAACCCAACUGGGCACCCUCAGGCCUGUUGUCUUAAACGUUGUACAGGGUGAGAGCCUUCAGCGCUCCCCAUUUGUCCGGCCAAGUAGUUAAUGUCAUCUGCGGCAAAUCUACAAUAAGUCACGUCAAAAAAAAGGUGCAAAUCAUAUUUCGUUGACUAAUGCCCUUUUGCUAAUUUAACAGUAGAUACAGGAUUUCGUUAAGUACUCACCUAAAUAUGAGGUCGCUCUUUGAAAAGUUUCAGGCAGAAUUAAUUGCAGAGUCUUAGUAUAGCCAGACAGACAGCCAAAUUCAGCUGAAACAUUUACCACUUCAACGAUAUGGGCUUCUUCCUCUGUAGACAGCUCAGUAGGCCGACCAAAAGGUUUGCUGUGAAGGUUUUUUGAUUUAUUCACAAAUAUUCACAAUUGUUCUUCGGGGGAUACCAAACUGCUUUUCAGCUUCGUAUAGGUAGAAUAAUAGUUUGUUUAAUAACAAUAGGUAGAAUAGCGUGAGCUAUCACUUCGGCGCCAUGCAUCAAAACUUUGUGUUUGGUUGGUGACAUGGGAUGCCAACCAUAGAGAUUUAUAUACAUUUUUGCAGUAUUGUUCGCAAAUACAUUAUAUUUAUCAGCAUCAAUGCUUUUGCCACUUGAAAUUACUUGAGGAUUACGCGGAAUCUUUUGAUCAAAUCUAUAUUGACGCCAGUGAUUCGAGAAGAGCGUUCCGGGACGGCAAAAAAUCUUCUAGACGUGUUGCCAUCAUUGGUAUUCCUAAAUCCCGCUUUGGGAAUAUCUUCCAAUAAACCCAUUUCUUCUUUGAAUGCGUUUUCUGCUGUCCACUUUGAAAUCGCUCUUGAAAAACUUCCAAGCAUGACUUAAAACAUUUUUCUGGUCCUCUGGACAUUUCGUAACUUUCACAAGCUUUUCUUCCAACAACAAAAACUUGUCAUCUAUUUUCUUCCCUUUAAAAUCUUUCAAAAUAUUAUACAACUCUCUACGAGUAAAUAUUUUGCAGAUUUCUGAAGAAUCUGCAACAAAAAUAACAAAACAUUACUCGGUUGAAAUAACUCAAUAUAUUACUCAUCAACUUUGAAGUGAUAAAAAACAAAAUGGCGGACUUCGGCGGAGCAUUUUCUAGUAAGAUAUUCUAGUAUCUUAUCUUAAGUAUGCACCCAUAAAAAAAUAUAGCUCGACAAGACCAUACUCAUAAACAUAAACACAUCUGAUAAUUUUAGGUCGCGUACGACAACUAAAUACACACACAUUAUACAGUGGAAACUAAUUAAAUUUGGUUUUAAAAUAUAGUACAUACCUUCGUCUUCCAUGUUCAAUAGGAAUUUUUGUUAACUAUCCCACACGAAAACACGAUAGUAGUUGUAGCAAAUACCGAGAACGAUAGUGCCGCGAACAAAGACAUGCGAUUUAGACAAUAUGGCUGGGUUCCGACUGACGUUACGACAGUGCGGCAAGUGCGCGGGGAAUUUUGAAGGGUGCCGUUUGAUUGGCCGGUUAUCUAGCUUGAAGAAUAAUAGUAUCGUUGAGGUCUUUGACGUAUUUACUGAUUCGGACUAAUGAGCGGGUUUUUCAUACAAAUACUCCUUUGUGCGCCGGCCUUGCCCGCCGGGUAGUUGCCGCAGUUUUUGAAUCUGGACACACAAAUUUUUACUAAAUUAGUUAAGGUGCUCCCACACAGCAGUUAUAUAACGCUAUAAAACAGUUUGUAACACGAUAACAUUUUAUAACAGUGUGUAACAAUACACUACACCUUGUUAAGAAAUGUUAUAUGUUAUAAACGCAACCACAUUGGUUGAAUACGUUGUAUAACAUCAUAUAACAUUAUGUAACAAUCAGUUUGGGUUUGUCUUUCGAGAAGGCUGGUAGUGAGUCAUAAUGGAGGAAGUGCUAAUAGGUUUGGCCUUUAUUUUUUGUUUGAAAAAAAAGAAGAAAAGGCGAUCUUACUGGAUGCGUCGAACUCUGAAAGCGAGAGAACAUUACAGUGCUACAAAAUAUUUGGAGGAUUUGGGUAUUGAUGGCUGUUUGAACGAUUUUUUAAGAAUGAACAGUUCAGAAUUUGAAUUUCUCCUGAAUUUAGUCGGAAAGAAUAUUGCUAAGCAGGAUACUAAUUGGAGGAAAUCUAUAAAUUAUACAGAAAGAUUUGCAGUUACAUUAAGGUUUUUAGCAACCGGUUGCAGUUACGGUAGUCUUGGAGAUGUGUUCAAAAUAUCACACCAACUUAUAAGUAUGAUCAUACCGGAAGUAUGCGAGGCUCUCGUCGAGGGAUUACAAGAAUAUUUACACAUGCCAACAUCUGCUCAAGAAUGGUUACAGGUUGCAAAUAAAAUUUUUAAUCUGUGGAAUUUUCCCCAUUGCCUGGGAAGUAUCGACGGAAAACACGUAGCCAUACAAAAACCAAUAGGAAGCGGAAGCGAAUAUUACAAUUACAAAGGAUUUUAUAGUGUUGUUCUUUUAGCAUUGGUUGACGCUGAAUAUAAUUUUUUAUACGUAAAUAUUGGGUGCCAAGGACGUAUAAGUGAUGGCGGAGUAUUUGCAAACACACUCUUACGAAAAAAAAUAAUUGAACGUAAUUUGAAUUUACCAAGAGAUUGCCCACUUCCAGGAAGAACCACACCUGUUCCUUAUGUAUUUGUAACAGAUGACGCAUUUCCGUUAGAAAAGCAUUUGCUAAAACCUUUUCUAGGACCCCAGGACAACAAUACUAAAGAGAGAAAAUUUAAUUAUAGAACGAGCCGCGCAAGAAGAACGGUAGAGAAUGCGUUUGGAAUUUUGUCAGCCAGAUUUAGAGUAUUACGAAGUAUAAUUUUAUUAGAUCCACAAAAGACUACUACUUUAAUUAUGGCAUGUGUGCUUCUACAUAAUUUUUUGAGGAAAACCAAAUCAAGCACUAUUUACGCCCCACCUCAAUAUUAUGAUAAGGAAAAUUCAGAUGGUACGCAUACUUCCGGACAAUGGAGAUCAGAUACACAGCAGUUAACAUCACUGCAACCAGUUGAAACACAGACAGAAGAUGGGAAAGUAAUAAGAAAUGAGUUUGCUGAUUAUUUUUCACACCAAGGUUUACUGGAUUGGGCUUCUAGCUAUUAUUAACCAUAGUUAAAAUUAUUACUCACCGACAAUCCCCCAUCAACAGUUUCUUCUGGCUUAUUUCGAUCUUUUAGAAAUAAAAGUUUUUUAUACGCAAACCAUUUAGGUAUAUCGUCAGC